AUGACCCUCUCGGAGGUAGAUGAUUCAGUGACUGGGGGGUCACUGACGUUGGACGAUGUGACCGUGAAGUUCACCUGGGAGGAGUGGCAGCUCCUGGGCCCUGCUCAGAAGGCCCUGUACUGGGACGUGAUGCUGGAGACCCACAGUCACCUGGUGGCCAUCGAGCAGAUGCCCUUUCCAUAUUGCAGCAGGGAGAGCCACCGCGAACUCUACUGGACAGAAGCCAGGGUGGAAUCUCUUCAGAUCAGAAGUGAGGCCGUAAAGAAUUCCACUGAGCGUCUCAAAGACGAGACAGCCUUGGUUCCUGUGGCCCGCCAGCAAAUUUGUCCAGGAAUCGAAUUCCCCAAAAGCCAGAAAUGCAACCCCACCAAGUCUCCUCUUGUUAAGCAUCAGGAAUCUGACAAGACGAAAAAGCCCCAUGCCUGUAGCGAUUGUGGGAAAGCCUUCCACAGAAGGUCUUUUCUCAUUAACCAUCAGGUCAUCCACACAGGAGAGAAGCCCUGGCGAUGCAGUCUGUGCGGGGAAGCCUUCUUUAAAAAGUCAAAUCUUAGUGACCAUCACCACUCAACACAUAAAGGACAAAAGCCUUAUAACUGCACAGAGUGUGGCAAAGCCUUUUUCCAGAUAAAGCAGCUCAACAUCCAUCAGAAGACGCAUUUGGUAGAGAAACCGCACAAGUGCCUUCAGUGUGGGAAGGGAUUCAUCAAGAAGAUAGGGCUCACCAUUCACCAGCGGGUUCACACUGGAGAGAAACCCUACGUUUGUGGUGAGUGCGGCAAAGGCUUCACAUACAAGAGAGGUCUCAUUAUCCAUCAGCAGACGCACAGUGGUGAGAAGCCCUACUUGUGCAAUGAAUGCGGCAAACGUUUGAAGCAGAAGAAGAGUCUCAUCGUCCACCAGAGAACUCACACGGGAGAGACACCUUAUGUGUGCGGGGAUUGUGGCCGGGGCUUCCAGAGGAAGAGAAGCCUCACCAUCCACCUGCGAAUUCACACAGGGGAGAAGCCAUACGUGUGUGAGGACUGUGGCAGGGGCUUUAGAGAAAAGUCAAGCCUCAUUGCUCAUCAGACCCUUCACACGGGCCAGUUCCCCUUUUCCUGCAGCGACUGUGGCAAGUCCUUCUCCCGGAAAUCAAACUUCAACUCGCAUCUCAAGAUCCACACGGGUGAAAAGCCCUUCGGUUGCAUUGAGUGCCAGAAGACCUUCCACUCCAGGAGAGAUCUCACUGUGCAUCACAGAUCACACACUGGAGAAAAGCCCUUCCAUUGCAGCGACUGCCAGAAGGCCUUCCGCUCCAAGAGAGAUCUCACUGUGCAUCAGCGAUCACACUGGAGAAAAGCCCUUCGAUUGCAGCGAGUGCCACAAGGCCUUCAAGACCAAGAAAGCUUUAACCUUGCAUGA